UUGCCCUCGCCCAUGCUCUCGCUGACGACUUCCCUCACUGCGCUCUCGUCCGGCCGCCCGGUCGUGACGACGCCCCGCGCCGCGUGCACGAUGCGCGCCGACUCCAGCCGCCGCGACGCCCUCGUCACCGGCUCCGCCAUGCUCGCCGCUGCGACGACUGCCGUCUCUAGCGCGUCGGCCAAGUCGGGCGAGUUUGGCAAGAUUGGCAUCUUUGGGAUGUCGGAUAUCUCGAGCCCAUACCAGCCCGGCGGCCCCCAGUCGGGCCCCGACGCAACCUUCGGCUUCAAAAAGUCGGACGGCGAGUUCCUGGCAAAGGGCUACCAAAAGGACGUCUCUCGCGAGAAGAAGUCCUUCUUGGAGUCGUCGUCGCGCAUCUCGUCGCUGCAGCCCAAGAUUGACUCGAAGACGUGGUGGUUCCUCCGCGACGAGCUCCGCAUCCAGGCGCGCGCGCCGCCCGCCAAACUCGAGUGUGGCUGCCCCGCCUACACUAUGCGCUCGUCGAUGCUUGCGAUGAACGGCGUGCUCGAGGGCGAGAAGAAGGCGCGCGCCCCCUCGCCCACCGCACGCCCCGCGGCGAACAGGGAGGCGGCGACGAAGGCGUACAAGAAGUACUGGUCCGAGAUCGAGGCCUUCGACCUCGCGUGCAAGAAGAAGGAGCCCGCCCUGGCAAACAAGGCUCGGGAGUUUGCGGACGUUCUCGCCGCGCUCAAGACGUACACGGACAUCGCCGCGUGAAGAGAUUAGACCAGAGCCUGCCGACGAUAUCGGGAUCGCCUGACACGGGCCUCCCCGGCACCCGAUGCGCCCUCUCCUGUGUAUGAAGCACUUGGGUCGGCGGCGCGGGACUGUGUGUGAUGCUGCGCCGUUUUACAUUUACAACAGACCAAACCAACCACAAGAAGCGCGAUGAGCGAGACGGAAUGAGAGACGAGACUCGAGAGAGCAGAGACCGCUGCGCCGGGCUGGGCGAGCGAGUGCGACUCCGCCGAACACAGCGGCCGCCCCGCAUGUGCUCGCAGUGACACAAUCGGCCGACACGGUGGGACCGAUCGCAAUGCCCGCCUAGCCCCCUAACCCCCUUCCCGCGACCGUACGUACAGAGGAGCGCGCUGCCCCUCGGCGCGGCGAGGCGGCGGGCGCCGCCGCAGCUGCCCUCACCAAAACUCAGAGUCCUCGAAAAACAUAAAGUCUGUGAUGGUGAGCAUGAAGAGCGACAUGGUGAGGACGGACCACAUCGUCCAGUACAGCGAGCAGCAGUUGAGGAAGAGCGCGCCCAGCGUGCUGUACACCAGCGCGUACCGCCGGGUGUUCAUGAUGCCGAAAGCCAUGCUCCUUCUGAUACCUGU